AUGUGCAUGACCCUUUUACGUUGUGCUAUCCACACUUCGGAUCACGGCAUAUUGUGCAUUGUCCGAACAAAAGCCAAGUGCGCCAUUUCUCAUUUUGCUCUCCCGACAACAAAUUACCUGGCCAGCACCUUGCAACAAUGCGCUUGCUUCUCUGGGUCCUGCUCGCGACUCUGGUCGCUCCUUGUGAACGCCGAAGCGGCCACGUCCAAGCUGUCGAGCACCGAUGACACGAAGAUCGACUCUGUGUUUGAGGACCGCGUCCUGACUGCCAACUACAACGUCGGCGGCAACAAACGAAGCCUGAGGCGUCAUGACGACGUCAAAGAAGAGCGAGCGCUGCCAACCUCAAUCUCAAACCUUGUGAACCGUGGAAAAGAUGCUUUAACCGGAACGACAACUAGUCUAUCUGCCCAAGCGAAGAAAAUGUACGAGAAGCUACUGCAGCAGAAGUUCAUCAAGCUGUACAACAAGGGCGAGACGCCCCUCACCCUACGAGCGAAGCGCAUGGGAACCGACAACGAAUUCGUGGCCAAAUACAAGGCUUUCUGGGACUUCGUCCGCAAGAACGGAAAUGUGCCCAAACCGCAAUGA